AUGCAGACUACGCCAAAUCAGGAGGACCUGCGUGGUAAAUGGACUGAUAAGAUCGUCAUGAUCACGGGCACCUCGGCGGGCAUUGGAGUCGAGACUGCUCGUACCAUCGCCACUACCGGAGCUAGGAUAUAUCUCCCCGUUCGCAGCCCUAGCAAGAUCCAGGAAGCUCUGCGUGAUCUCAUCGAAACUGGUCAGGUCACGCUGCUUGAACUGGAUCUCAACUCCCUUGAUAGCGUACGCAAGGCCGCCGCCACAUUCUUGAGCAUGGAAAAAGCAGCUACCGCGAAGGACCUCGAAGGUAGAGGCGGGUUGUAUCUGGAAAAUCUAGCUCCCUCUGAGCCUGCCAAGCUUGAUGCUAUCGCAGAGAAGCCAGGCUACGCUCCUUGGGCUUUUGACGAGGAAAAUGAAAAGAAGCUAUGGGAUCUGUCCUUGCAGCUGGUUGGCCUAGCUUAG